GUCCUGGGCACAUUCCUCCAGGAUUUCCCCUCCAGGUUUCCCAAUCUAGAAAGACCAAAGACCCUAGGACCAACAUUCCAGUCCCCUACAGGAAGUGAGCUUGGGGGUAUCUCCUCAGGAUGAUGGGGAGUGUGCUGUAUUUGGCUCUGCCUUCUGGCCUGGGGGUGGGGAAUUCUUUUGCCAACGCUGCCAGUCCAUUGAUUUUUCACCUCGCGGUGACCAAGUGUGCAAAGGCUGAAUGAUAGUAGAGAAGGUGAACUCCAUGAGCACAACGAAAGAGAAAAUCCUGACUGGUCACCCUGCAGAGUAGGAGAGUGGUGGGGACUAGGAGACAGCAAGCAAUCCUUGCAUUUCAGACUACAUUCUGUGCCAGGUGUUGGAUAUGGUAAUAGCCAGUUCCAGUUUAACUAUGGUUUCUGGGCACUCUGAGGGUCAUGACAGUAUUAGUACCAGUCAGCCACUUUGUUAAGUCAAAUUUCUGAGAUGCCACCAACUCCAGGUCCAGAAAUGAACAGAGCAGUAAGACCACAACAGGGCCCGCUUAAGUGAUCAAGGAGGGACAUGGGCUCUCGUGACCACUCCACAACAGACAUGGGAGCUUCUAAGGCAGGCUAGGGUGCGCGCCAUAAACACCCCACUUGUUAACUGCGCAAGGCCCAAGGGCGCUUCCAAUAGACCCUUGCAUGGGGCUCAGGUCUGAGUUGGGGCGGGGCGAGCGCAAGAGUCAGGUCCCUCAGCAGCCUCUUUGAGGUAGCCCCCACAGCUCCCAGCCUUUGGGCCAUAGGAGUCAGGAGUGCCCAUCAAUACAGAUUACAUAUUUCUAUCAAUCGCGGGCUCAGAGGGCGCCCUCGGAGAGCGGCCCUGCGCCUACGAAACCAAACUGGGAGUGGUCGCACGGAAACUCUGGCUCAGGAUUGGCUGUGGGCGCCCGCCGCGGUGCGGGGGGAUUGCUAAUCGUAUUCAGCAUGUUUUGCACAAGAAAUGUCAGCCAGAAAGGGCUAUCUGCUCCCUUCGCCAAAUUAUCCCACAACAAUGUCAUGCUCGGAGAGUCCAGCCGCGAACUCUUUUUUGGUCGACUCGCUCAUCAGCUCGGGCAGAGGCGAGGCGGGUGGUGGUGGAGGUGGCGCGGGAGGCGGCGGAGGCGGUUACUACGCCCACGGCGGGGUCUACCUGCAGCCCGCCACCGACCUGCCCUACGGGCUGCAAAACUGCGGGCUCUUCCCCUCACUGGGCAGCAAGCGUAAUGAGGCGGCGUCACCUGGCGGCGGUGGCGGGAGCGGGGGCCUGGGUCCUGGGACGCACGGUUAUGCACCGGCGCCCAUAGACCUGUGGCUAGACGCGUCCCGGUCCUGCCGGAUGGAAACGCCCGAGGGGCCGCAGCCGCCGCAGCAACAACAGCCCCAGCAGCAGCCGCCACCCCUGCCGCAACCACCCCAGCCCCCGCCACAGGCCACCUCAUGUUCUUUUGCGCAGAACAUCAAAGAAGAGAGCUCCUACUGCCUCUACGAUUCUGCGGACAAAUGCCCCAAAGGUUCCUCCGCCGCCGCGGAUCUGGCCCCUUUCCCGCGCGGCCCGCCGCCCGACGGCUGCGCCCUGGGCGCCUCCAGCGGAGUGCCAGUGCCCGGCUACUUCCGCCUGUCGCAGGCCUACAGCACGGCCAAGGGCUAUAGCAGUGGCGGCGGUGCGCCCCAGCUCGCCGCCAGCCCCUUCCCGGCGCAGCCCCCGGGGCGCGGCUUCGACCCGCCGCCCGCACUAGCCUCCUGUUCGGCUGAGGCGUCUGGGAAGGAGCGAGCCCUAGAUUCCUCGCCACAGCCCACGCUGGUUUGCAGCGGGGGCGGCGGGGGCUCGCAGGGCGACGAGGAGGCGCACGCGUCAUCCUCGGCGGCUGAGGAGCUGUCCCCUGCCCCUUCCGAGAACAGCAAAGCCUCGCCGGAGAAGGACUCCCUGGGCAAUUCCAAAGGCGAAAACGCAGCCAACUGGCUCACUGCAAAGAGCGGCCGGAAGAAACGCUGCCCCUACACGAAGCACCAGACCCUGGAGCUGGAGAAGGAGUUUCUGUUCAACAUGUAUCUUACUCGGGAACGGCGCCUAGAGAUCAGCCGUAGUGUCCACCUCACUGACCGACAAGUAAAAAUCUGGUUUCAGAACCGUAGGAUGAAACUGAAGAAAAUGAACCGAGAAAACCGAAUCCGGGAGCUCACAGCCAAUUUUAAUUUUUCCUGAUGAAGUGAAGCUUCUAGGCGACGCCAACGCCGCGUUUUCGCUUCCAGGCUCCCAGAGCGCCUGUACCCCUCCCUCUGUCUUCAGUCUUUGCCCCAGAACUCGCACCUGUGCCGGAGGCCCAUUUCUCCCUCCCACACUCUCCAUCUCCAGGGCCGUCACAUCCGUGCAGGGCUGGUUUGUUCUGACUUUCUGUUUCUUUGUCUAUUUGCUUGUUGUUGGUUUACUUGUUUUCUGGGGGAAAAAGCCAUACUGUGCUAAAAUUCUACACAGAGAUUGUUCUGUCAAGCCCUGACUGGGCUAGGUUUGCUAUCUCCAGGUCCCACUGUUUGAAACGGCCCCUGUCCUCCUCCAUGGAGUUGGUUUCCUGCCCAGCCCUGGGUAAACCUAGCCGGAAGCCCGAGGUCCCACUGUCCGCGGCGCUGAGGUGUCUGGCCUGAGGUCAAUGGUGCUAGGAGCCGCCUCCCCUUACGCCUGCCUAGAGUGCUGGGCUGUGUUUAAUCAGGGAGAACAGGCCUGAGUUCUCUUCUUUCUUCUUUUCUUUCUUGGCCAACAGUAGAGUAUCCAGUCAUGGACAUGCAGGUUAGCAAAAGAGCUUGACUGGUUGACUGAAAAAGUGAGAAAGAAAGAAUCACAAAGAUUAAUUUUUCCUUCUUCUGUAAGAUAUCCCAGCUUUAAAAAAGAAAGAAAGAAAGAAAGAAAGAAAGAAAAAGGCCAAUAGAAAGAAGCUUCUCUUCCAGUUUGUCUAAGGCCUUGCAUUACCUGACUGAAAUGUUUCAUUUACCUCUGAAUUUCCAUAUCUUGGCUGUUGAUAAAUAGUGUAGUUUUGUUUAGACAUGUGGACUUAAUGGAUCUUUUUUGCCAUUAAAAUUGUUACCAAUUGGUAACAUUUAAAAAGCACACCACAAUUCUCCCUAAAUUAUAGAGUUGUUUUUUGUUCUAAUCCCCCCCCCACCUUUUUUAAAAGGCUUUCUGAAAUCAUGGGAGCCUAGGAGGGAUGGGACAAGUGGAAAAAUGAGAGACGGGAGACAUUGUUUGGAUUUCCUUUAUACUGUGAAGUUACAUGCAUAAAAGGGUCAAACCUGUAGGUGCAGAAAAAGAAAAAAACUAUAAAUACAAAUCUGUAUAAAUGUCUAUUAUGAAAAUUGCCAAUCUUGUUUAAGCAAAUGCAUUCUAUCGUUAUUAUAAAUGUUAGUUCUAGCUUUAUUUACUUCUAAUCUUAAAUCAGAAUAAAUUAAUAUUGUAUUGCUGCUGUGAGUGGAAAAGAGAUGAUGUUUAUGUUCUUAUAGAAUAAAAGCUGUGGAAUGAA